CGCCAAUGGCCGCACGGGGGCGGAGCGAGCGCCCCGCCCUCCCGCCGCACACCGCCAACCGCCGCCCGCCGCCCGCCCCGCCCCGGCCAAUGGGAAGGGACACAAACACUGCGGGGCCGCGCCUUUCUCCUGCGGUUCGGCCAAUCCGCGACGACACAAACAGCGGGCGGUCCCACCCCCAACCCCCCCCCGUCUCCCCAGUCACGUGCCCCCGGGGUGCGAAACGAGCCGGCGGUGGCAGGCCACGCCCCCCCGCCAAUGGAAGGCGACGUAAACAGGCGUGCGCGCCCCCCCCCCUCCCCGCGGCCAAUGGGGGGCGGUGUAAACAGUGGUGCUUGCGCCCCGCAGGUAAUGGAGGGCGGCGACGGCAGGCGCCCGCCUCGCAGCCGAUCGAUGGUGAUGUAAGCGGGCGCGCGCGGCCGAUCGAGAGCGACGUAAACAGGCGCGCGCGCGCCCCGCAACCAAUGGGCGGCGACGUAAGCAGGCGCGCGCCCCGCCCCGCAGCCAAUCGAGGGCGACGUAUGCAGCGCGGCGCGCGCGCCCCCCCGCGGUCCCGUCCCGCGCUGCCCGCUAUGGAGGAGGGAGGCGGGCGGGACGAGCGCGGGCUGGAGGCGCUGAGCCUGGCGGGCGGCGGGGCGGCGGCGGCGGCGGCGGCGGCGGGGCGGCAGCCGCACCAGCUCUCGGAGGGGCGGCGGGCGACGCUGGCGAGCGCGCUGGAGCUGGAGGGGACGGUGCUGCGCGAGGGGCGCCUGACGCAGUUCGUGGCCAACAACCUGGAGCGGCGCAUCCGGCUGAGCGGCGUGGCGCGCGCCGGCUCCAUCCCCGCCAUCGACCCCGCGGCGCUGCAGGACGUGUCGGCGCUGGCGGCGCAGGUGGCGGCGCAGGUGGACGAGCUGCUGCGCAACGUGCACUGCGGGCUGCAGGCGCUGACGGCGCUCAGCGUGGGCUGCAUCCAGACCUACCGCGACGGCGUGGAGAGCCUGGGCGAGGCCGCCGACCUCAGCAUCCGCGCCAUGUACGCGCUGGUGGCGCGCUGCGAGGAGCUGGACCGCGCCAUGCAGCCCGUGCCCGCCCUGGCCCGCCGCAUCCGCGACAUGAAGGGCACCCUCGAGCGGCUCGAGGCGCUCUGCAAGUAGGGACCGGCCGGGGGAAAAGGCCCCGCCGGCCCCGUCAAAGAAUUGGGAUUCCACAUGCCUUACGCUUUCUAUUUAUUGAGGACUGGGAAAAACUAACCGCUCGGGAUUCAAAGCUGCUGUCGAUAUAUUUUUUUAACCGAAUUUGAAACCGUUCUGAUGAUUUUCUUGACGCUUCCAGGCGUCCCUGCUUAUUUGUAGUUGACUUAGGGCCUGAUGGGUAAUUCUCCCUGCUGCUGCGACAGCAAGCGAGGACACGGUUGUAGGAGAAGAUAGGAGGAAAUGUAAUAUAUGCAGUAAAGACGCUUGCUUUCGGAGAAGAAUAUAAAAUCCGUGGAAUAUAAUUGAGAUUAAGAACAGAUCUAUAUGCACAGUUCCAAAUAAAAGCCUUCAGAUAAAAUAUACUUUGCUUCCCUUAGUCUUUACAGUUUUCACAGUGUAUAAGUUUAAUUGACAUCACUGUGAAAUGAUCCUGUCAUUUGCUGGUUGUAUUUUUUUUUUUCGAUUGGGAAAAUACCUAUUUAAGGAGAUAAGGAACAUUAAUAUUUGAUGACGUUACAUUGGUGUAUGGCUGACAUAAAAUGGCUACUGUGGGAGAAUUUAUUUGUAUAAUUUGAAGGUUUUGUAUAUGCAUCAGUGUGUGCAGAAGUCAUUUUGCUGUAUCAGUAAGUAUUUCCUCUGAGGCCGGAGAACAGUUGAAUUCUUUGCUCACUAUGGUUCCUAUGCAGCAAGCCUCUUAGAUGAUGUUCUUGGCAAUCCAAUUAGGUUGCAAAUGUCUUUGUAACAAAAUUUCAGCAGAGAAACGAUCACUGUGAUCCUAUGUAUGUGUUAAGGUGCUUUUGGUGACUAUCAUCUCCUGAAAACCUUGAAGUGACUGUAGCCAAUGCUACACAAGUCCUGUAACUUUCAGUUAAGGAGCAGAUAGGUCUAUGAUGGGUGCAGCUGCCAUCGCUCAUUAGAAACACUCAGAGAGGGAUGGGUGCUGUGAUAUUCUGUGCUUCUGCACAUAGUAUUAAAUUGUAACAAAAUAAUUUGGUUUUAUGCUGCCUUUGCAGAAUACCAGUCUCUGGUGUAUUUUGGGUUCCUCAGAGUUGCCAUGUCGUUCCCUCAGCUUUGGAAUGUUUUUCAUGUGUGGCCUUCCAGCCAUAGCAAUGGGAGAAGGCUGGAAAUGGGCUGUGCCAAGGCUGUGCUUGUUGUGGUUGUCACAGCUCUUGUGAUACUGUCUCCUGGGGAGUAGCUGUGGCUCCAGAAAGGGAUGAGAGGUCUAAUGGCAGAGAGAAAAGAAGAACCUAACUGCCCUGCCCUGGGACCUAAAGAUUUCAUAACACCACAGCAACAGCUGUACUCUUAAUAGUUUUGCGGUGUUGGGAAAGUUUGAACUUGUCUGCCAGGGAGAUGCAGUAGUUUUGCUAAGUAUGUUUUCUGCAUGUCAAAAGAGUAAAAACCAAAGUUUGAUCUCGCUUAAAUUGUGAGUACCGCUGAAAUGUAGGAGAAAGACUUGCAAGCUUAUCUGUGUAGCCACAUGUACAGCUACGCUUUAUUCAUACAGGUUAAGGUGAAGCCUCUAAAGCAUACGUGUUCCAGUACACUCAUGCUUUUUGAUAACAUUUAAUUUGCAGUCACCUACGUUCAAUGCAGAUUCCCUGCUAAAAUUGUUGGGGUUGUAGAAUAAAAUGAUUACUUUUAUGUUUUCAAUUGUUAGUGAUUUGUUGUUGAAGUGUUUCACUUAAUUAUUGCUUUUCUUGUUUGGUAAAGUAAUAUGAAAGCUAAUUCAAACUCUGCUCUUGCAUCUGCACCUAUUAAUGUGAUUGCAGAGCCAGUUUCAGUCUAGGUCCUCAGGCAGUAAUUUCUGACAGUGAUGUCAUUCAUGGGAUGAAAAAGAGAUGACUAGUGAAUUAUAAGCAUGAAGGAAGCAGUAAUUACGCUGUUGGAGUUUGCUUUUUAGUAUCUAUCUAAAAGUUUCAGCUUGUUUGAAGAGCAGACUUUGCUGAGCUUGGUGAAGUGGCUCCUGUUCCCAGGUGUCUGCCUUGUACGUUUGCUAUCCCUAGGGCAGGCAUGGCUGAAACAAUGUGAGCCUGUUCUGUGUCAUCACAGUCAACAUCGAUCUGUUAUUGCAUAGCCGUGGUGGUUUCCAGCCCCACCUCCAUACCAGCCUCCAUUGCUGCAGACAUGGUAAUGAUCGCCAGUGUCUAUGCUUGUGCAGCUCUGGUGCCAGCCCUGCCCUUCAAGUCCCACGUGAACCACUUGUGAGCUACGUGCAGCUCAGUAGACACUGGUAAACCUGGUCCUUCUGCAGCCUUGUACUGUCCUGGAUCCCAGUCCAGGCUUUGUUGUGUAUGUUCUGUGUUAAUUCUGGCCCUUUCCAACUUUUGGAUGUUAAGCGUGAAAGCUGUCAGAUUUCUGUAGCCUAUUUCUGCUUAAUCAUUCCAUGAGUGGAGUAAAAACAUGUUUAGAUUUUCCAAGACCUUCAAAUGUGUUUGCAUAUAUUUUCUUGCUUAGUCAGUCAGCUUUACAACUGGUCUUGUUUUCCUUUCCUCAACAGCUGCCAAGUGAACUUUGAUUGUAACAAGACUGGCAAGGUCAAAGAAGAAAACUAACCAAAUAAAAUGACAUGCAGAGCACUAAGCAAAGCCAGAUACAGAAUUUGCUAUGUGCCAAGAAUGACUUCCCUCCUCUGAUAACUGCCGGUGACUCUACUGGGAAUUAGGCUGGGACUUUCCAGUGACGUGUCCUCGACUAGAAGGACAGAGGAGUUUCUUACCGCUGAGCAACGCUGGGAUUUUCCAUUUCCCAAAACUCUUCCCAUGUGCCACUUAUAGUUGAUGAUACAGAUAGUUUGGUUUUGUUUCCCUCUUCAAAGAAAGAGAUGUGCAGCCACAAGCCUUUCAUCUCUCCUGCUCCAAUGUCACCAGAUUUCUUUGGUCUGCUGAGAGCAACAGGAAAGUUGUAACAGCACCCCUGCCCCGUUCACCAUUUCACACAGCCACCAGCUGCACUGCAUUUUCCAUGGCAAAACCUUGUUUGGGAUCUCAUCAGUUCCCUGUGUUAUUAUUUGAACCUGCUUAUCUUCUGUCUCAGUUGCAUGACUUACUACAUCAGUGUUGUUAUCGUACUGCCAAGGCAUCAGCCUUCUUACUUAACUCAUUUAUGUUCUCUGUCUGCUGCCUUGUUUUUCAUUCUUAUUCUGCCUCAAAUUCAAAAUGGUCAUCUGCAAGUCCUGGACGAGGCUAGUUUCUGCUUCCUCCUUGACGUAGUUGGAUGUCACCCCUUCUUUUAUCCUCAGUAAAUUAUCUUAUGCUUUCUUUUGUUAUGACUCCCUUGGUGCUGUCUUUUGCAAUGCUCCUUGUACCCAGACCACCCAGCACCAAAUGUCUUGUUUGUAAAUCAGCCCUUGGGAGCAGGCAAGUAAAAAACUACAUAGAUAGUAGAUUUCUACUUAUUCUACUAAACAGAAGGUAUUACAGAAAAGCUGAACUUCUGUAACAGAAGACAGCUAGCUCUUACUAUUUGAUUCUGAUCUAUUUUAAUAAUAUGCCAACAAAUGCAAAUAAAACUGAACAAACUACUUGCAAAAUCAUACCAGUAUAGCUGUGUGUGCUGUGAUGUAUCUGUUAAGAGACAGGAAAAUAAAACAGCUACUGCUCACACAGGCUCUUGAGGAUGGGGUUAUAGAACACCAAAUACCAUGUGAUAUGGUGAGGUUAUGCAAUAUUUAUCAAAUAUGUACCAGUCCCCAAAGCAAACUCUGUUGUUUUCCCUUUUAAUCAGAGAGAGAUUAAGUCAAUGAUGGAGUAACGCUACUGCUAAGUGUAAUUAGGUCUCCCGGCCUUCCUUUUCGCAGGUACACACACAGGCCUCUCGUUGACUUUACAGAGAGCUGUAUGUACUUAUGUGCAAGUUACAUGACUUUGUUAUAUUUAUUACUUAAACAAACCUUAGAAAUGAGUAUUAUGAGUACAGGAUAUGCCAAAGCAGUUUCUCCCAUAUGUUCAUCAAAAUUCAAAUGUACAUACUUUGUUAUGGCAAAUACAUUCUUUUAACAAGAAUUAUUCUUCUCUUACUGUCAGUGAUGCACAGUCAGUGGACAAAGCAGCAAUAACCAAAGGACUAAUUCCACAUAAGUGUUAGAAUGUCUCUUUUAAAACAAAACUUAAUGUUGGGUUGUACUGAGUUGAAUAGCUGUAAAAAGUCAAUCUUAAAAAUUGUUAGCAUUCAAAUUUUAAUCAUGGUCAACCAGAUAGUUAUUAAUAACUAUCUACAAACUUUUUAUUAAAAUACCUAUCAGCAAUUAUUGCAAAGACUUCAGUCCAACGAAAUGCCAGAGUCUGUUUCUUACACUUAAAGUGAUCUGUAAGUGAGUGAGGUAACAGAUUUAGGCAUUGUGUAAAGAAGGAGUUAUGGAGUACGUUUCCUCUAUGUGUUAAUAUAAACCAGAAAAAUUGUGUAACUUGUUGAUGACUACGAGAAUCUACGUAGCACCGUAGGCAUUUUUGGUUGCAGCAUUCAUUCAUCAGCAUUUAUUGUUGCGAAAUCAGAUACACAUAGUCUUUGUCCUCAGUUGUUAUGAGCUGUGCUUUGAGGCAGGGAUGAAUACUCUGUCGCAGAGAUAGUUCAGUUUGCCUAACAGAAAAAAAACCCCAGAGACUGGGACAAAACUUCAUUUGUUUCUCUACAUAUUUGUAAGUGAGACUUUGAUUUAAAUCUCUUGCUGAUAUCCAUUUGCAUAAUGCUUUGGAAACAGAAGUUUCCUGGGCUGAACACAGGCAAUCAGCUUCUUGUUACACAAUGUACCCUCAGUGACAUGACUUGUCACUGCUGCCUGCCAGACAGCCUAUCUCGAACAUUGUGUAUUACUUCUAUAAAAAGGCAGCUGGAUGAUGCAAACAUAGGAAAGUCAUAUCAAAAGGUUUCUCUCUUACAUUAUUUUAUUUAUUAUGACUUUUUUUUCUCCCAAUUCCUUUUAAUUUCUCAUAAUUUCCCUUAGGGAAUGCCACAACUGAGCCCUGUUUUCUGUUCCCAGCAUUCCAAGGUUAGUAGAUUGUGUUUCUAGGUAGCACUGCUGUUUUAAGCUGCCUCUAACAAUGUAAAUCAACCACCUUUGUGCAUACAUCAUGUUGACACAGCCAGUGUGCUAGUAGGCUGAAAUACUUGUUCUGUUUUGGAAACCUCAGUACUAGACAUCAUUAAAAGUGAAUUUUCACUGCAGAAGAGCAUUUUUGUGAGUCACUGCAGAAGAGGUAUGUCCCAAGGGCAGAAAAGGAUUAGAGAUCCCACAGGGAGAUCUGCCGGCAUGGCUCCAGGUUUGCUUCUCUAGAAGCAAGAAGAAAGGAUAAAUAGGUCAGGUGUUAGAUUGCCUGUAUUGCCACAGGUUUGCCAGCGUGGGUCUGCGAGGCUGGCACGUCCUCACUGCAGCCACCGUCUCCUUCGAUGUCAGAAAGUACUUUAUCUCUGAGGUGAUUAAUACUGUUGAAACUGAUUACACAUUUAUUUAUCAUGGUUUUGGAUGCCAUGGUUCACGCAGAAGAAAAUAACGUUAAACAGUGCAAAAGAAAAUAAUAUUUAACAUUAAACCUGAUAAAUAUUAUUGAACCACCCUUUGUAGCCCACACCCCAUAAAAAAGAGAAAGCAAUUGCCAGUUUUUGUACGUGUGGUUUUGAUACCCAAAGGUAAAAAAAAAAAAAAAGUUCUUUAUGGUGACAGUGGUGUCAGUAACAGAUGGAAAAGAAUAUAUCUAGCUCAAGAACAGCGGUGGAUGUAACGGUAGUUUGUUGACUAGGGUUAUCUGAGAGCUGUCCUGAGUUUAAUUUUGUCUUUUCCACACUGGAAAUCGUAAAAAGAUACAUAGCUAAAAUUCCCCACCUUUUUUUUCUGUUGGAGUAUGGGUGGAAUGCUCGUUUCAAGAUCUGGCUUAGUAAUAUCAGUUGUGUACUUCUAUUGAUUCAGCUUCACAUGUUAAGCUGACUCAAAUUUCCUUCAGGUCCUUGGUAGAUCACAAAUCUAAGAGAAACUCAGCCCAUGUGCUGAUAUUUGGCAGAAAUGCCAGGCAUGUUUUAAGGCAGCCUGAGCAGCUCCUUUCCUGCCGUAGCCCUUCCCAGUUGUUUUGGACCAUCCGCUGCAUUUCCUUCUGAUUUUAUCCAUACUGCUUACACAGCUACAAAAUGAAGCAGAGAAGGAACUCGACCCAGCUGAGCCCACCAAAGAAGGAGGAGGAUGCUUGUUUGCUUGCUUUUUGGCGGCACCCAUGCCCUGCCUUGUUUUAUGGCACAGACAAUUGCUCAGCACAAGGGAGGAAUAACACGGAGAAGAAAGAGUGUGCAAGCCUGAUGCUCACAGCUGAGAUAAGGAAGGUGCUCAGGGAGGGCUUGCAGCUGCUACCACUUAAAUCGUGUUGACCUACAGUCUACAGAAGUGUGGUUACUUGUGCUAGUAGUUGGGUUGCCCCCAGGAAAGGGGCCCAUAGCUAGAAGCAGGGUUGCACUAGAAGCAGUCCUUCAAUAAUGACUUCAAUUUUAUGCAGUUAUAUAUAUAAAACACUUUUCUGUGCAGCUGAAACUUCAGCUGUCGAGAGGGUAAAAAAGAUUACCUAGCAACAGCUCUACCUGUUUCGAAGCUGGUACAAACUGCACUGUAGAGAAGAACAGAAAGUAAUUAAGUGGGUUGUGUUUCAGGACAGAAUGUCUUGUGGUUUCAUUCUACCUGUUCCCUCUGCGGUAAUCUAACUUUGCAUCUAAGAUAUAAACAAUCAAAACAGGCUUCCCAUUUUAAACCAGCGUAACCUUGUGUCUAACUGGGAUUGUGUCUAUACUGUUUUUACUCAUUUGACACUCUCCAUCUUGUUCAAUAAUUUACAUUUAAUAAAUCACUUGGUUCUA